CCAGCUCUCUCUCUCGUCGUUCAGCAUCAUGUCUGAAAUCUACGGCCCUCCUUUGCUCCCUCCGAUACCUGACGACCUCACCAUCCCUCAGUUCUUUCUCGACUCGCACCACACAACGAGGCCAGUGCGCAAGCAUGGAACCCCUUGGUUUAUAGAGGACAAGACUGGCAGGAGUUUUGGCUUUGAAGAGGCGCGUUGGCAGUUUAUCCGUGCCAGAACGUUUGGAAUGGCAAAUUCUUUGAGAUUGCGCUUUGGCAUCAAGGAAGAUGAUGUUGUCCUUAUUUACAGCCCUAAUCAUAUUGAUUACCCUGUCGCAAUUUGGGCAACACACAGAUUGGGUGCCAUCGUAUCUGGCGCAAAUCCAAUGUACACUGUCGAGGAAUUACUCUACCAAAUAGAAACGACGAAAGCUUCGAUUAUAAUCACGCAUCCCAUGUCGCUCGACAAUGCAUUGUCGGCUGCGAAAGCUGCGGGUGUCCCCCAAGAUCGCGUCUUAACGUUUGAGGACUCACCAAGUAAAAGUCUCAUCACAGUGGAACAACUCAUCUUGGAGGGCUUAGCUCAAGAAGCAAGUUUCGUCGAGCGGAAACUUAACCCUGGUGAAGCACGGACAAAGGUUGCUUUCUUGAAUUUUUCCAGUGGUACAACAGGAAAACCAAAAGCGGUUUUAAUAUCCCAUUAUGGACCUAUCACAAAUGUCAUUCAGACGGCUGUGCAUAUGAAUGUGAACCAGAACUAUUGCGCUUGGGAGGAUCAAAGAUUCAGGCCAGGGGAUGUCGGUGCUGGUAAUAUAUAUGGGCUGGUUAUAAGUAUCCACUUUAUGAUUUACAGUGGACAUCCGGCUGUAAAGGACUUUGAUCUGAGCCAUGUUCGUGUGCUGUUAUCAGGAGCUGCGCCUCUAUCAGCGGAACUGAUGAACCAGCUCGUCAAACUAUUUCCGAAAGCGCAAAUUGGUCAAGGCUACGGUCUCACGGAAUCGUCGACCUCCAUCGCCAUGCUUCCGCCGGACCAAAAGAUAGGCGUACCAGGCAGCGUUGGUCGGCUACUUCCAGGAGUUGUAGCCCGCAUUGUCAAACCAGAUGGUUCUCUGGCGGGCUUCAAUGAACCCGGAGAGCUUACUGUAAAGAUGUCUUGUAUGGCUCUAGGAUACUUCAACAACGAGAAAGCCACGAGAGAAACAUUUGUAGAUGGCUGGCUUCGCACAGGUGAUGAAGUCAUCAUUAACGACAAAGGGGACGUGUUUAUUGUGGAUCGUCUGAAAGAAAUCUUGAAAGUCAGAGGCUUUCAAGUCGCUCCGGCUGAGUUGGAGGGUUGUUUGUUGGAUCAUCCCGAUGUAGCGGAUACAUGUGUUGUUAGUGUGCCUCAUGAUUAUAGUGGAGAGGUACCCCUGGCCUAUGUAGUACUACAUGCGGAUGCUGCGAAGCGAGCUGAGGCUGACCCAGCAGAGGCCAAUCGAAUCAAGGCAUCGAUUGCGAAGCACGUCGCUGACAAUAAGGUGGCCUACAAGAGGCUGGAAGGUGGUGUAGAGUUCACGGACAUCAUUCCAAAGAACCCGAGCGGCAAAAUGCUCAGGCGUGUCCUGCGUGAUAGAGCACAUAAAAUGAGGGCAACGAAGACGAAGACGACUGCUAAGCUCUAGGUUUUCAUUUUAAGACGUGCCGUUUCCACGAUCAAGUUGAAUGAUUUUGUUAGGCUGGUUGGAUUCAACUCACCACUUGUUUUAUAUUUACACUUUAUGUAUUCAACACGCAGCGUCCCUUCGUAUACUUGAGAAUGAUAUCCAUUUGGAAACA